AUGGCACCAAGUCAACCAGGGCAUCGGGUGAUUCAGAUUAAUCUGAACCACUGUGAAGCCGCGACGGAGGAUUUGAUGCUGUUCAUGAGUGAAAAGAAGGUGGACGUGGCCUUAGUCCAGGAAUCAUGGAUCAUUACAAUUAAAAUGAGAGCGUGUAUAGUAACAAGAAGAGCACUAAAGCUUACCUUGCUAUCCCAUUACAGCACAAACGAUGUGAGCGUAGCCACGUGCGAGGACCAAAAGGGGUUCAAACUUCUACUGGUCUCAGCAUACAUGCCAUAUGACGAAGAGAAUCCCCCGCCGGAAGCGGUCCGAAAUCUGGUUCGAGAAGCCAGAAGAAUGAGCCAACAGCUGGUGAUAGGAUGUGACUCCAACGGCCAUCACAUCCAAUGGGGAAGCAAGGAUAUCAAAGAAAGAGGUGAAUCGAUAAUGGAUUUUAUACUUUCUAAUAACCUUACUAUAUGCAACAGAGACAACUUGCCAACGUUUGCAAAUAAAAUUAGGCAGGAAGUUUUAGAUCUAACCUUGACCACGGAGGGACGGCGUUUGAUAGUCGAGGAUUGGAGGGUUGAUCUGGAGAGAUCCUUCUCCGACCAUAGGAGAAUACUCUUUAGAAUAGAAGUCCCGCUUCGAAGGGGAACUAACCCAUAUCCGGAGAAACCGAAUCGCGACUAUAUAGACAGUACGGUUGAGAAAUUAGGAGAAGUGCUUGUUAGAGCUUUUAAAAAUUCAUGCCCUGUUAGCCGACCCCGUAAAAACAUCAAACCGUGGUGGAACGCAGAGUUACGGCAGACUAGGACAGGAAUAAAGAAGCUAUACAAUAAAGCACAAAAGAAGAAAACGGAAGAAAGUUGGGACGUUUAUAGAAAGUGUUUCAACGAAUAUAAAAAGAAAAUAAGAGAGGCUAAAUGGGUAUCGGUAAAGGAAUUCAGUGAGUCCAUCACGGACACCAACGAAGCAGCCAGACUGAGGCAGGUAUUGUCCAAAGAACCGAUGGUACCAAGCAACAUCAGGAGACCAGACAAUUCGUAG